UGGAACAUAAAAACUUAAAAACAAUAUAUGUUGAAAGAAUAUUCCCAACAGAAACGAACGCUCACGUCAUCCUGUAAUAGUGCCAGUUUAAAAAUGCAGAAAGAAAAAUGAGUAUUUAAUUGAAGAUAGGAAUAAUGAUUUUUGUAAGAUUUGGCGUUUUUGUGAUGUUACAGUCUGUGAAAUUUUGAGAAUCUCACGCUUCCUUUUGGUAUUAUUAUCGCACAAUUUGAAGUCCGUUAGAAAUCUGAAGCAAAUUUUAUUUAAAAAAAAAAAACAAGAUUAAUCAUGUCAGGAUUAUUCGAGCAAAUCAAGUUGCUUUAUGAUCAGGCACUUUAUUGCAAUGUGAUCUCUCUGACGAACUUGGUGCUCUCUCUCAGCGAACACAACACUGACUUGCUACCUGGUUACAGCAAGUUUCACGUAUAUGUUUAUUACGCAGAUGCUCAUUUUCAUUUAGGCAAAUAUCGUAGAGCAGAGACUCUCUACAAGAAGGCUCUGCAGUUCCGUAAGUGUUUGUUAAAGUCCAAAGGUACAGGGAAACCUUUAUUGGAUGGACAGAAGGAUCUGCCGUCGGAUGUCAACAUCAAAUAUCAGAUCCACUUGUGCCUAGUCAAGUCCAAGAAUCUGCAAGAAGCUUUGCAAGUGCUACAGAGCAUCCCUGGCAAGCAGCGUACUGCCAAAGUAAACAUGGCACUAGCCAAGAUGUUCCAUGAGCAAGGAAUGGAACGGUCUGCUAUUACCACGUACAAAGAAGUGUUGAAAGAAUGUCCAUUGGCUUUAGAAGCAGCCGAAGGUCUCCUUUCUUUAGGAGUAAAGGGUGUGGAAGUCAAUUCUCUGAUCGUCGGCUCUAUCUCGAACUCGAUGAAUUUGGAAUGGCUUAAUACGUGGAUCAAAGCUCAUGCACACAUUCAUAAUAGAGAAUACACGCAUGCCGUGAGUACUUUAAGGUCAUUGGACAAUGUUGUUUUGCUUAGAGAUAAUUUCAAUCUAUUGACUAUCAUGGGCGAGUGUUAUUAUUAUGCGGGUGAUGAUAAGAAUGCUCUGCUGUGUCUGAGGCGAGCUCGCGUUAUUGAGCCAGAUAUAACAAAAGGGGUGGACAUGUAUGCUGCAGUUCUAUACAAAAUGCACCAUAUCAAAGAAUUGGAACGGCUGAUACCAGCGAUAACUGCUAACAAUGAAUGUACUGGCGAAAUUUAUGUAGCAAUGGCAUAUUCUUUGUUUGCCGCUAGAAAGUUUAGCAGAGCAAAUACUCUUACUGCUCAGGCGUUAAAUUUGAAUCCUAACGACAUAGAGGCCACCAUAUUACGGGGUAAUCUUCUUAUCGAGCAAAAGAAGUAUCAGGACGCUUUGUUCUUUUUUAGGCACGCCGUGCAAUUGAAACCAUAUAGAUAUGAACCGCAUAAAGGUUUAGUAGAUUGUCUUGUUGGGAUGCAUAGGUUGCGAGAGGCUCUGAAUAUCGCCAGCAGCUCUUGCAAACAACUUGGACACACCACAAGAGUUCUAACAUUAUAUGCAUCCGUCUUGAUGAAAGAUCCUGUGUCAGUGAGCAAAGCUAAAAACCUUCUCGAAAAAGCUUUAUCUCAAGAUGAAGUCUACUUACCUGCAGUGUAUUUACUCGCGGAGAUAUACGAACAGGAAAUGAAUUUGGAAGCAGCCAUCGAACUACUCGAGAGACAGGUGGAGAUUCACUCUACCUGUAAGCUCCAUCAAACUUUGGGAGACUUAUGGGCAAGAAUGCACAAUGAAGAGAAGGCUCUAGAUCAUUAUGUGAUAGCUUUAAAUUUUGAUCCAAACAACAGGAGAGCUAUAGAGGGAAUGCACAGAUUAGACAAUUCUUCUAGUAAAUUGGAUUCCGCUUAUUAUAUGACCGUUGGUGAGGAACAGGCUGAUACGACCUAUGAUGUCGGUGACGGUCUGCCAGAUACAGAUAACGAUGAAGCACCCGAGGAGAGCGAGACUGAAGCCAUUUGGUCGGAUAUGGACUUGGAAGCUAAUAGUCAGUAAUCAUUCUUGUUAUAGAAACGAAUAGCCAGUGAAAAUUGAUUGAAAUUUUGGCUUCUAAACUAAGUCCAUUAAUAACGGAUUUCUUGAAAAAGAAUCUUGGGAAAAUAAUCUGUACGAACGAAAUGAGACUGAGAUUGUUCGUGAUUAUUAUUUGAUAGGAAUAUACAUCGUAGACAAUUUAUUUCUUUUUAUAAUAAAUUCAACGAUUGUACCGCCGUGGAGCUCUGUUGCCUACUUUUAAAAAUGUCAAUGUUAAAUUUUUAUUAAUUUCUAUUACGAAAAUAUUUUCAUAAAAUGGAGAACUCUAAUAUCAGGAGGAUUAAGGCAAACGAACAUGUACCCGUUAUUUGUUAUAUUAGUUAUAUUAGCGAUUACAGCUUAGAUUUCGAUGAACAGCGCAAACUAUUCAAUGAUAAAAUAUACAUAUAUAGAUUGUAGGAAGUCAUAAUAAUAAUAAUUCUUAGAUCGAUGUAAAACAAUAUCACAUCGUUUGCUGAAUAGGAAAGCUUAUCACUGGCUUGCGAUUUGUCAACAUGCCUUUCCAUAUCUUUUAUACCUGAUAUGUCGGUAUUGUCAAGGAUUCAAGGAUAAAGCCUCAAUUACCGGAAAUAUAUUCGUGGCUAUGUAACAAUACUACAUUUGUCAACAAUAUUCAUAUAUGUAUGGUGUGUGUGUGUGUGUGUGUGUGUGUGU